AAUAUAAGAAGGAACCUUUUAGCUGUUCCAAAUUCAGCGAGAGAGUCCUCAUUUCCUGUCUCCAGAUUCUUCUCUCCCUUUUCUUUGUUCGUCUGGAUUUCUUCCGUGUCUCUGUUCUCUCAUUUCCUCCACUUCCGUUUCAAACUCGGAAGUUUUUCACGUCUUUCCAUCUUUCUUCUGUCUGUAAUCAUGGAAGAUUACAGAUCUAAGUCAUAUGGGGAUGGGAGGAUGCAAAUAGAGAACUACUAUGGAGGAAGAUCAACUGCUAAUGGUAUGCGUGAUUUUAGAUCUUACAGUACUUCUUAUGCCUCUUCUUCUGUACCACAAACCCAGAUGGGCAAAGAGGUGAAGAUCAAGAAAACCAAGAGCUCUGUUGGGUCCUCAAUAGGUUGGAGCUUUAAUGAUCCUGAGCUGCAGAGGAAGAAGAGGGUUGCUAGCUACAAGGUCUAUUCUGUGGAAGGGAAAGUGAAGGGGUCCUUGAGGAAGAGCUUUAGGUGGCUUAAGGAUAGAUACACCCAAGUGAUGUAUGGAUGGUGGUGAUUGUUGGUAUCUAUCUGUGUCUCUGUUUCUUUUUUUGGCGUUUUGGGUCUUGUAGCUGCUGUAUGCCUGAGAAUCUGAACUUGAAAUCAUCAAAACCCUUGAUUUAUGGGCCUUUCCAUUAAUUGUCGAUGCUUUUUUUAAUUGUUAAUGAACUUUUUGGUUUGUAAAUUUGGUUACUGAAACUUCUGUUAUUUAUGGUAAGGAAAUCUGUUCUCUGUGUAUUACUCUCA